CCAUUCAACUAUAUACUCCCUCCCCCUCUCCCUCAGCCCAGAGCUUUGCUACUGUGAUCCACCCGUUUCUACUGCAACAGGGACCGCAUCGGUUAGUUACCUGUUCCACACAAGAACGUGUGCUAGGCUGGAGGGACACAGAGACCAAAUAGUCCUCGUCCUGGGGGAGCUUACAUUUCAUAUAAGAUUUGUAAAUCCUUUAUGCAGCUUUCUCGGCUGCCAAAUGGCAGGGAGUGGGAUACAUAAAGAGGAUAUUGGCGGAGAAUUGAAAACUGAGAUGGGCCGGGGAUCCGCAAAGGUUUAGCAGCCGGCUCAGUCUUGCCUCUUCAUCCCAGCCCCCGAUCCUCCGCAUAACCAUCUCCUUCCUAACCCAGGAACCGAACGGAAAGAUGGAUCUUUCUGUUCUCAACCACCCUAGGAGCUCUCUGCAUUUGACACUUGCUCCCAGCCCGGACACGGAUCCCUGACCCAGCUCUCUCCCGGUGCGAGCCCAUUUGAGUGGUUCUUCUAAGCUGCUAGAUCACUACCCGUCUCCUGCACCCCCUUCCCCCCAGGCUCUGUCUUGAGCCUUUUCCCUCUCCAUCUUCCCUCUUGACAAUUUCAUCAGCUCUUAAGGGUUGCAAUGUAUCUAUUCCAGGGCCAUCUAGCCCUGACCUCUCUCUAGUACAUCACUGCCACCCGCCGGCCGGACGCCUCCCCCUCAGUGCCCUCCUCCGAUCUUUCACUCCAUCCUCCCAGCGCUUUUACUUCUCGCGCUCCCCCUCCUCGCGCCCGGCGCUCUCUCCUCUGCUAAGGCGAAGCUCUUUUCUCCCCGGUGCCGCUCGCCGCCGCCCGUCCCCCUUCACGGCUCUCCGUACGGGGGCCACCCGAUGGCCCGAAGCCUUCAGGAAGCGGGCCAGCCGACCGCUGCCUUCACUCCCGGGGCAGCGGAGCAGCCGGAGGCGGCCAGCCUGAUGUGGCUGUGGGCGGCCGUGGGGCUGGUGACCGGGUUCAUGCUGCUGAUGGCCAAGGUCCGGAGGCUAGUUCUGGGCUGCCGCUGGAACGGCCCGAACCCCUUCGCGGAGGACGUGAGGAGGCCGCCGCGGGCGCUGGUGACUGACCAGGAGGCCCGGACAAGGGUGCUCAAGCAAGCUUUCUCAGAGACUCCAGUGCCAGACCAGCUGGAUGCGGUGGUGAUCGGGAGUGGUAUCGGGGGUCUGGCAGUAGCUGCAGUCCUCGCCAAAGCAGGGAAACGGGUCCUGGUGUUGGAACAGCACACUAUGGCAGGGGUCUGUUGCCAUACCUUUGGCCACGAUGGCCUGGAGUUUGACACAGGAAUCCACUAUGCUGGACAGUUGAAAAAGGGAAGCUUUUGCCGCUUCUUCCUGGACCAGAUCUCUGAGGGGCAGCUGGACUGGGCUUACCUGGGUUCCCCAUUUGACAUCGUGGUGCUGGAAGGAUCCAGAAACAGAAGGGAGUUUCCCAUGUAUUCUGGGGAGAAAGCCUAUGUUCAGGGUCUCAAGGAAAAGUUUCCCAAUGAAGAGGCCGCCAUUGACAAGUACAUGAAGAUGGUGAAGGAGGUAGCAAAAGGAACACUUCAUAUGGUCCUGCUGAAGAUCAUCCCUUUGCCUUUGGUGAGGCUGCUGGACAGUCUGGGGCUGCUGGCCUUUUGCUCCCCUUUCUUGAGAGCGGCCACCCAGAGCUUGGAGGAGGUGCUCAGCCAGCUGCCUGCCUCCCAGGACCUCAAAGCUGUGCUCAGCUACAUCUGUCCCACCUAUGGAGUGAUCCCAAAGAAUGCCAGCUUCUCUAUUUAUGCCUUACUCAUGAACCACUUACUGGACGGAGCCUUUUACCCUCGGGGAGGCUCCAGUGAAAUCGCCUUUCACAUCAUCCCUGUAAUUCAGCGGGCUGGGGGCGCGGUCCUUACCAGUGCCACGGUGAAAGGCGUGCUGCUGGAUUCAGCUGGAAGAGCCUGUGGUGUCAAAGUGAAAAAGGACCGAAGGCUGGUGAACAUCUUUUCUCCCAUUGUGAUCUCCAGUGCAAGAAUAUUUGAUACCUAUGAGCAUUUGUUGCCUGAGGAAGCCCGCUGUUUACCAGGCAUACAGAGCCAGCUGGGAAGGGUGCAGCGUGGCCUAUUCACACUCUGUGUCUUCAUCUGCCUGCGAGGCUCCAAGAAAAAGCUGGGCCUGGAAGCCAACAACUGUUAUGUCUACUUUGACACAGACACUGACCAUGCGAUGGAGAGAUACCUGUCCCUCUCCAGGGACCAAGCUGCGGCACACAUCCCCUAUUUCUUGGUCACCUCCGCUUCGGCCAAAGACCCGAUGUGGAAGGACAGGUUCCCAGACCAGUCCACACUGAUGAUGAUGCUUCCUGCCCGCUAUGAGUGGUUUGAGGAGUGGAAGGAUGAGCCCCAGAGCAAGAGGGGGAGUGACUAUGAGGCCAUGAAGGAAUCCUUCGUAGAGGCUUCCAUGUCUGUUUUGAUGAAACUGUAUCCUCAGUUGGAGGGGAAGGUUCACAAUGUAUCAGUAGGGAAUCCACUCAGCCAUCAAUUCUUCCUGGCUGCCCCAGGUGGAGAGCCCUAUGGGGCUGGCCCUGACCUGAGCCGUCUGCAGCCCCACAUCAUGGCCACAAUGCGGGCCCAGAGCCCCAUCCCCAAUCUCUACCUUACAGGACAGGAUGUGUUCACCUGCGGUUUGUUCGGGGCCCUACAUGGAGCCCUGUUGUGCAGCAGCACCAUCCUACAGAGGAAUGUCCACUUGGACCUCCUGAGGCUCCACUCUCGGGUCUCUGCUGCCCUGCCCAAGAAGACAAAUUAGCAGAGUCCAAGGGAUCCUCUAUGGCAAGGAGUUCAGGAUCCUGAGUGGGCCUGAGAGCUGGGCAGAAAGCAGGACAAUUGACUUCUGCAGUUAUUGUAAUGGUAUUUUUUUCCCUGAGGCAAUUGGGGUUAAGGGUCAGGGCUGGUACUCCAUUUAGCUGUCCCAUUGCCAAAUGACUUCCAAGGCACCACAACACUUCAUCUAGUGCCUUGAUGAAAGCCAUAGUUACAAUACAUAGCUGUCACUUUGGUAUCGGAGGAAGUUUUUUAUUUUUUUGAAGUUUUUAAUUUUAGAUCAUGAUUGUUAAUCAGGUCCCUGGAGGUCUUCCAGGUAGGUCAGGGGUGUUUCCUAGGAGUGUUUAAAAUGGGAUCACACUUAUCCUAAGGCUUCUGUUCUGGAUUAGUAAUUUCCUUAGGACAUUAAACAUAAAGCAAACACCUCCUUUGUCAUCUCCUACGAUGUUCUUUACUUAGGUACUGUGAUCCAGUGUCUGAAGUCUGGACCUAGUUCUGGUUCUCCUCUUCAAUUCUGGUGUCCCUAGGCCCAUUUCCUCAGCUGUCAAAUGUAGGGGACAGCCAACUUCAUUUCUAAAGUUCACAACCCUAAAAAUACUGUCCCGUCUCCUGUGUGAGGCGCUAUGAUGUAGUCAUGGCAACAAGCAUCAGUUCCAUGUCUCGUAUGUGCCGAGUGCUAACAAUACAAAGAAAAACAAAAAAUGGAUGCCCAGUUCAAUGAUACAUGGAGAGAACUGGCUGGGUGUCCAGGAAAGCUGCCACUGACAAAUGCUGGGCAAAUCACAGGGGACCCCCUCAGGCCAUCAGCAGCAGAGGGGUUCCCUAGACCAAUGAAGUCAUAGGUUUAGAACCUGUGCCAUACAAUUUUUUUUUUUUAAGGAAAGAAAGUUAGGAAUUUUCUGCCUCUUAAUUGUAGCCUGAGGGCUUAUCUUUCCUGACUCCAAGUGCAAAUUCUGCCAUCAACUGAUGUUUCUUAUAGGAUUAUUCUGAAGUUUUCUAUCAAAGGCCAGAGACCCCCUUCUGAAUAAUCAAUUAGUGAGAUUUUAUCUUAAAAGCAGAAGCCCUGCUUUUCUUAUUUUUCUACAUGCUAAAUCCCUUUUCUAAAUUAUAAGCUCCAAGCUCCGGUUACUAUCUGUCCAGAGCAGGCCUUUAAAUGUCUGUUAAACUUCACAUGCCUAUCCUCCUAACUUUCUGCAAUGUGGGGAAAGGAUAAGUAGAAAGGUUUUUCUGAAGAUAUCAGUACAGAGACUUUACAAGAAGGCAUAGGCCAAAUUUUUAGGAAGAACUAGAUUCAUUUAGAGCUUGCUUUUAAAUCAUUGACCAUAGCCACCUAAAACUGAAGAAAAUCAAACUUAAAUGGCGAGAUUAUAGGUAACUCCACUGGAGUCAUUCAACUUUUCCACUUACUCAUGCAGCUCUUAUGAUAUUUCUGGAAAGUCCUGGGAAGGGGAAGGAGAGAGAGGGAAUCGUAGCAAUAUCCUCAACAUCCUAGGAAAUUCUCAAAAACCUUUGGGACUUCUGUCUAUUUUCUAUCCCCUGAACUUCCUCACAGAAGAGGAGAGCCCCAGGCUUAUCAACAACAGCUAAUUAAAGGUUUAGCUAGAACAAUGUUCAAAAGUUUUUGGGGUUAGGUGAGAGCAUAAAUUCAGCAUGUUUCCUUUUUGGGGAUAAUAUUCUUCCUAAGCUAUGGCCUCCUAUCAUUUUGUAUUUUUUAAGUGGAAAUAAAAUUUUCACCAAAUUGGUA